GACCACUGACGAUAUCCAAGCUGCUGCCAAUCGCCACUCCUGAUUACAGUAUCAACUAGCAACCCGCCCUAUUGUGUCAGGCGAUUUUAGUCCAGGUAACGAAUCAACUCAGAAUGGCUAAGAAGCAUAAUAACAACUCUGCCUUGUUAUACUGGAGCCGAGUCUCAACGGAACCUGCCAGCAGUUCCAUUCCUAAGCCUUCAGAAUUCAACAGGCAGUCAGAUUCCACCUCAUCAAGCGGUCAAGGGUCAAGAGACUUUCAAGCAGCGUCGUCGCUUCCGUUUAAAUCAUCUACCGCAAUUUCGGUCGGUGAACGCAGCGGCGAAGCAAAUGUCGGUUCUUUCGCAACGCACUCAAGUCUUACUUCACGAAACGAUAGCAAGGCACAAACCGAAGGCUCAGAACGCGAGGGAGAACGCAAUGCGGACUCUGCCAGCGAAAUUCCGGCGGCUUUUGACGGAUUCCGUCAGCGGUUCAGUCAAUACAGCUCCCUGAGACCGAUAGUCGUUGUGGUGGGGUGGAUGCAGAGCACGCAGCGACAGCUAGCGGCGUACCUGCGGUUGAUCAACGAGUGCGGAUGGGAUGCACUGGCCUGCCACCCUCCGCUGCUGCACCUAUGGAUGCCUUGGAGAGCAGAAGCACUGGCAAGAGCUGUCAUGAGCGAACUGGAGAAGGAGCUUGCAGGUCAGCCUCGUCCAGUGGUCUUCCUGUCGUUUUCUGGAGGGUACAAGGCCUGCCAGUGGAAGAUCAUGGAGGCUCUUCUUUCAGCGCCUUUUCAUCAAAGGCAACCUUAUGACGGAGAUACAGCAGCAGCAAGUGCACUGACAUCGCCAGGAUUGGCCUCCGGAUUGGCGCACGUAAAUUCUACAUCACGCUCUCACAAAGUCUCCCCCUCCUCUUCCCACCACCGCUUCCUUGGGCUCCUCCGAGAGUGUUUCGCUGGCCAAAUCUUUGACUCAUCGCCUGUUGACUUCACAUCUGACCUCGGCGUCAGAUUCCUCUCCCAACAACCCGCCACCCCUCAACCAACUUCCACCUCCCAACACCCUGCCUCCCCCCAACAACCUGCCACCUCCCAACAACCUGCCACCCCUCUGCCAACUUCCACCUCCCAACAACCCGCCACCAAAGCCAGUGCUCCCUCUACCCUGAGUGAUACCCCUGUUGCCGCUCCUGCACCCACUGCCGCCCCUGCCGCCCCUGCCGCCCCUGCUGCUAUCAGCCCACCCAGCACCCUGCGCCGUACCUUGGUUCGCUCGGCUGCCACGGCGCUCGACUGGCUGCUGCUUCCCGAGUUUGAGAGGCAGCGAGCAGCGCAAUGGCAGUCUCUCCUCCACUCCUCGGUCCUAGCCCCCGUGCUCCUCCUUUGCAGCACGGACGACCAGCUAGCUCCCAUUGCUUUCAUUCGAAAGUAUGCAGGAGAGGCGGAGGCACGAGGAGCGACGGUGAAGGCAGUGGAAUGGAGCACAUCCGAGCACGUGGGUCACCUGCGGCACCACAGGCGGGAGUACACAGCAGCCCUGCACGCCUUCCUGGAAAGAGCUCUGCUCCUCUGGAAGCAACGGCAGGCCAGCAGCCGUGGUGGCGGUGCUGGAAGUGAUGGUGGCGCAGCCGUGGCUCCCAGGUCCAGGCUGUGAUUCCGUUUUGGCUGAUCUCGCCUUUGCAGGCAGGAGUACACAGCAGCCCUGCUCGCCUUCCUGGAAAGAGCUCUAUUCCUUUGGGAGCAACAGCAGGCCAGCAGCCGUGGUUCCAGUGGUGGGGUCUGUAGCAGAGAUAGCAGCAGCAGCAGCAGCAGCAGCAGCAGCAGCAGCACCAGGAGCAGUGACUCAAGAGCCAAUGGAAACUGUGCUUGUGGUGCAGCAAAAGUUGCCCCCAGGUCCAGGCUGUGAUGUGAUUUAAUCAUUAAUCAUUCAACUGAGGCUCCUCACGCAUGCAGCAUGCUGAGGCAGCUCCUCCUGGCACUUUCAAUGUACCAGCUUACGGUACUUGCAAUGCAAU